AUCAUGGCGACGCGGGGCCAUGUGCAGGACCCUAACGACAGGCGCCUCCGGCCCAUUUACGAUUAUCUUGAUAAUGGUAACAACAAAAUGGCCAUUCAACAAGCGGAUAAAUUGUUGAAGAAGCAUAAAGAUCUUCAUUGUGCGAAGGUUUUAAAGGCCAUUGGCUUACAGAGAACUGGAAAGCAAGAGGAGGCCUUCACCUUGGCUCAGGAAGUGGCGGCCCUGGAGCCCACGGAUGACAACUCACUGCAAGCACUGACGAUCCUCUACAGGGAAAUGCACCGACCGGAGCUAGUCACGAAACUUUAUGAGGCAGCUGUGAAGAAAGUUCCCAACAGCGAGGAGUAUCACUCUCACCUCUUCAUGGCCUAUGCCAGAGUUGGCGAGUACAAGAAAAUGCAACAGGCUGGCAUGGCUCUCUAUAAGAUCGUUCCCAAAAACCCUUACUACUUUUGGUCUGUGAUGAGCUUAAUUAUGCAGUCCAUAUCAGCCCAGGAUGAAAACCUCUCAAAAACCAUGUUUCUCCCACUUGCCGAGAGAAUGGUUGAGAAAAUGGUGAAAGAAGAUAAGAUCGAAGCUGAGGCUGAGGUUGAACUUUAUUAUAUGAUCUUGGAACGUUUGGGAAAGUAUCAAGAAGCCUUGGAUGUCAUUAGAGGAAAAUUAGGAGAGAAGCUGACCAGUGAGCUCCAGAGCCGGGAAAAUAAGUGCAUGGCCAUGUACAAGAAGCUGAGCAGGUGGCCGGAGUGCAACGCCCUGUCCCGCCGCCUCUUGCUGAAAAACUCAGAUGACUGGCAGUUCUAUCUGACUUAUUUCGAUUCUGUCUUUCGACUGAUUGAAGAGGCCUGGACCCCUCCUGCUGCAGGCGAACAUUCUUUAGAAGGAGAAGUACAUUAUUCAGCAGAAGAGGCGGUGAAGUUCAUAGAAGAUCGGAUCACAGAAGAAUCUAAGAGUUCUCGCCAUCUCCGAGGUCCACAUCUGGCUAAACUGGAGCUCAUCAGACGGCUACGACGGCAGGGCUUCAACGACGAGUAUAAACUGGGUGAUCCAGAAGAAUUAAUGUUUCAGUAUUUUAAAAAGUUCGGAGAUAAACCUUGUUGUUUUACGGAUCUCAAGGUGUUUGUUGAUCUCUUGCCAGCUACACAAUGUACAAAAUUUAUUAAUCAAUUACUUGGAGUGGUUCCUUUGUCGACGCCAACAGAGGAUAAGUUGGCACUACCUGCCGACAUCCGAGCUCUCCAGCAGCAUUUGUGUGUGGUGCAGCUGACGAGGCUGCUUGGCUUGUACCACACGAUAAACAAAAAUCAGAAACUGGACGUGGUCAGAGAAUUGAUGUUACGGUACCAGCACGGUCUGGAAUUUGGAAAAUCCUGUUUGAAAACCGAAUUGCAAUUUUCAGACUAUUACUGUCUCCUUGCUGUCCAUGUACUUAUUGAUAUAUGGAGAGAAACAGGUGACGAGACUGCUGUGUGGCAGGCCCUGAAUUUGCUGGAAGAGGGAUUGACUCACAGCCCUUCUAAUGCUCAGUUCAAAUUGCUGCUUGUUCGAAUCUACUGUAUGCUGGGGGCUUUUGAGCCAGUGGUGGACCUCUACUCCAGCCUGGAUGCCAAGCAUAUCCAGCACGACACCAUUGGUUACCUUUUGACCCGAUACGCGGAGUCCCUAGGUCAGUAUGCUGCUGCAGCCCAGUCCUGUACCUUCGCUCUCAGGUUCUUCCACUCCAACCAGAAAGAUACCUCAGAAUAUAUUAUUCAAGCUUACAAAUAUGGUGCAUUUGAGAAGAUCCCAGAGUUUAUCGCUUUUAGGAACAGGCUGAAUAAUUCUCUUCAUUUUGCACAAGUCCGUACCGAGCGGAUGUUACUAGACCUUUUACUUGAAGCAAACCUAUCAACCAGCUUAGCAGAAAGUAUAAAGUCAAUGAAUCUUCGGCCUGAAGAAGAUGACAUUCCAUGGGAAUUCUUGCGAGACAACAGGGACUUAAAUGUUUUCUUUAGCUGGGAUCCAAAAGACAGGGAUGUUUCUGAAGAGCAUAAGAGACUCUCUCUGGAAGAGGAAACCAUGUGGUUGAGGAUUCGCUCCUUAACGCUGAGGCUGCUCAGUGCACUGCCAAGUCUGGACCACCCCGUGGAGUCAAAGAACUCGGAGAAGACUACCGAGAACGGUGUGGCCUCUGGCAUCGACAUCCUCCGUCUGCUCCUGCAGCAGCUGGAGGCGGCGCUGGACAAAGGAAAGCGGUUUCUAGAGAGGGAAAUCCAGUAUCCUUUCCUUGGCCCUGUACCUACCAGAAUGGCUGGAUUUUUCAGUUCUGGCUGUGCCCUCUGUCAGACCAGCUCUUUUUAUCUCCUUAGUGAUAUUUAUGAGCUGGAUGCCAAUGGCUUAGAGGAUACAACGGAGAUCCAGGAUCGAGUAGAAAAUAGGCUAAAGUCUUUAUUAGAACAAUUAAAAGAUGUCUUCACUAAGUGUAAAGGUGACCUUUUAGAAGUUAAAGAUGGUACCUUGAAAACACACCCCGCGCUUCUAGAAAAUCUAGUCUUCUUUGUUGAGACUAUUUCUAUUAUCCUUUGGGUAUCUAGUUACUGUGAGAGUGUCCUGCGACCGUAUAAACUAAAUCUACAGAAAAAGAAAAAGAAGAAAAAAGAAAGCAGCCUUGUCAUGCCACCAGUCUUUACCAGUUUUCAAGACUAUGUCACUGGGCUUCAGACUCUGAUUUCCAAUGUUGUGGAUCAUAUUAAAGGGCUUGAAGCACAUCUAAUUGCACUUAAACUUGAAGAACUUAUUUUAGAAGACUCUUCUCUCUCACAGGAGGAGAAAAAAUUUUCAAAGACUGUGCAAGGAAAGGUGCAGAGUAGUUAUUUGCACUCACUUCUAGAAAUUGGGGAACUGCUGAAAAAAAGACUUGAGACCACAAAGAAACUGAAAAUUUAAGGAAGUAUGAACUCCAGGCAUUGAUUUUACAACUGAAAUGACAUCAUCUUCCCAGGCAAAAAGCUCCAUCUGAUUGACCAUCAUUUUAAUCUAGAACUCCCUCAUAAAAUGCAUGAAGGACUUUGAUUGUGAAUUACUUUUUUUAGGUAUUAAAUGUAUACAUCUGAUUAAAUUAUUGUAUAUAAACCAGAAGCAGAACCCUCACUGGGGUUUGACCACUUUUUAUACAUGUUCAUACGCAUAUGGCAGCCACAGAGAACCCCACUUUUCUCCUUCACCCCACUGCCAGAAGCUCUGGCUGGUGUGGGGGAGGUGUCCCAGAAAAGCAGAAAAGUUCCUAAACAAAAGCAUCGACCUCAGAGCAGCUGAACGGCCUGGCCAUUUCUCUUGCAGCAACAGGCAUUCGACCAGGUCCAGGGACCUCAGAAGGCCAAAGUGGAGCAGCCCCUGGCUGGGAGCUGCUUUUUCCUCAGAGCAGCUGUUUUGAGGUUUCCUCAGCUGCUUGGUUCCUGCAGCACCCAAGGCAGUCGGUAGCCAGAGGGCCUCUGAGGCAAUUGGGCUUAAGCAUCAGCCACCACAGGCACUCCUGUGGAGGGCCAAGACCUUCCAUCCUAGGUCCUGGGAGAGUUGGGUCGCAGGUGGCCUCUGUCAUUUCAGCUCGCUGGAAGGGAGCAGUGCAGGCUACAGAGAAGCCUGUGAGGCUUCCUUGCCACCGUACACCCACAUGAGGAAGAUGGGAAUCACUGUUUGAAAGGAGAGGUGUACAUACUUGGUGCAGGCAACUCGAACACCGAUGCCUGGUUUCGUGGGAGAUAUAUAUAUAUUAUAUAAUAUAUGUGUGUAUGUGCUUUUACAUACAUAUUUUCAAGCAUAUGUGUGCUUGAAAAUAAAGAUUUAAUACUUUAGCAUUUUUUAAGGGGCGGGCUGGGAAGGAAGAAAAUGUAUAGUAUGGACUGAACUUAGUUUUAGGCUGGCAAAAGGAAUGUUGUCAUCCAUUGGGUUUUGAGGUUCAGUUGUAACUGAAGCAUUCUAUCAGGCGAUUACAUUGUUCAUCUCCAGCUGCCCCAAAAGUACAGCUUUUUCCAGAGGUUGGUCUGACGAGAAAAAAUAAGAUGCUCUUGAAUAUAUUCAACAACUUAAACAGUUGCUUUGAUCAUCCUUUUUGCGUUUGUUCUUUUGUUUUUGGACUCCGUUACUCAAGUAAAAUUGAAUGAUUCUAUAAGAGCACAGAAAUGAGAUGGAGGAGGCAAACCCGGAGGUUUAUUUUUGAAGACCAUAAGGCUCUCGCUAAUUUACUCUACAAUGAAAUGUGAUGCUUUUUUCCUUUUAAAUGAAACAGAGUUCUGGAAAAUCUAUAUGCAAAUUUCACAAGUAUUCACAUUUUGUUCCUUCUCAACUUCCUACCAAACUUACAUGACUUUUCAAAUUAAGGCUACUUGGAUCCUAGGGGACUGGGACACAGUGACAGUAGGUAGGACUCUUGCCUUGCACACAGCUGACCAGGGUUUGAUUCCUGGCACCCAAAAUGCCCCCCAAGCACUGCCAGGAACCCUGAGCAGCACCGAGUACAGCCCCAAUACAAACACAAAGCCCAACUUGGAUCUUAGACCAAGUCAUUGCGAAAUGUUAUUUUUGAUAUAAAAUGGUAGGGACAACGUGUCCACCCCAUUCCAAAAAGAACUCCCUGAAUGAGAUGAAUUGGAAAAACCUGGUUGAUCCCGAUCUAAUUUCAUACAACGUAGCAUCUGUUUCUAAAUCCAUUGUUUAUUUCGAUGGAACUUUGUGAUGGCAUGUAUUGUUGAAAUGAUGUUUCUUGGAAUAUUCAGAAAUACUGUACAUAGAAAUAGAAAUGCUCUUUGAAAAGUCUGUCUGCUGACUGUUCCAUGUAGCAUAUGAGUGUGUGCCCCCCACUAGCCUUCACGCUCAGGUCCCUCCUGGACCUAGUCUCACUUAGAAGGCACCCAGAGACGCUUUUGUUUUUAUUAGCAAACAGUUUUUGACAUGGAGGUUAUGCUUCAUUUGUUCCUUGCUUAUUGUCUCACGAACUGUUGCAUUUCCUUUAGAUCCAAACUCUUUGAGGUAACUGGGGUUUGAUUUUUAGGGGUUUGGUUGGAUUUUUCUGUUUUAUUUUGGGGCCAUACCUGCCAACAUUUCUGGUUACUCCUGGCUCUGAACUCAGGAAUUACUCCUAGUGGUGCUUGGGAAUAAACGGGAUGCUGGGGAUCAAACCUGGGUUGGCUGUGUGCAAGGCAAGUGCCCUCCCUACUAUAUUAUCGCUUCAGCCCCUCAAGAGAAUUGUGUGUAAAAGAUGAAAUUAUGCAGAAAUGGCCAAUAUCGUUUAUUGAUCUUUUCUCUUGGCAACUGUCAUGCACUAUAAAUUGUGUACAGUGGAAUAAUAUACGUAUAUAUGUAUAUAUACAUAUAUAUAUGAGUGAAAAAAAUACCCUCUCUAGCAAUUAUAUGUCAUUGCUAUUUGAAGAAAAUUCCCAAAUAACCCAUUGCUGCUGCUCUUGUUUUGGUCUGUGUGGAAAUUAGUAUUUAAAGAAAAAAAUACCUGACUACUGUUUACAGACUGAAGAAGUAAUUGCUUUUUAUACUACUGAGAUCCUAAGUUAAUAUCUCCAAAGCAAACGUUUAGUUUAGAUCAUUUAUCUGGUGUGGAUAAAGGUAGAGGAAUUUUUAGUGUUCUCCACAUAAUGGAAAAUGUACAAAUGCCUAGCUGUGUUCCCAUCAAUUUUGUAUAUUUUCAUAAUUUUAAUGUUCAAAAUUGCAUUAUAUUUUGCAAUCACUGUUCAAUUUGGAUGUCUUUCAUUUUAACUUUUAAUAUAAAAGGGGUUUCAAUGUA